AUGGCGCCUCUCGAUCGUACCUCGUCGCUACCUCUCUCCGUCUCUGGCUACCUGUCCCGUCUAACAGUCUUCUCCGGAAGGGCAGACCAGGAUGAGGUGAGCAACACGACUGAACUGAGGCGUCAAGUGUCCAACGAGGAGAGGAGGCGGAACACGACCGACGCUGCGCCUCCGCGUGCAAGCCGCCCAUGGCGGCGGAGCAAGCGGCUCAGCAUCAACAAGUACAAGCCGCAACUCUCCCCAUCACGCGAGACGCCGAACGGCGAUGAUGCGCCGAAGAGACAGUCGCCACCCGCAAGCCCGCAAUUUCAGAUGCUGACACAGUCUUCCUCGAACGAAACCGAACCCGAUUACGACAAACAGGCUUCCGAUCUCAUCAAGAACGCCUUAGCGCGAGCCAAGAAUGGUGGCAAGGACAAGGAGCCCAAGUCAUCGCGCGGAGCGCUUGCUGCGCUCGGUCUCCGUGCCGCCGGCAUUGGAGCGCCGCAGCAGGCGGCCGUUGCGUCGUCGGCGCCCUCGUCUGCCGCGAUCCUGCAGCCGUCCAAGCCGAUCGCAACGCCCGACCCCGCCCCUUCCCCGCGCCUUCCCUCUGGUGCGAGCACCCCGGCGCAACCGUCUUCCCCCGCCCCGCCGCCUGCCACCCAGCUGCCUCAGACCCAGGCUCCUGCCCCGCAGGUUGCCUCGGCUCUGCCUCCCCACAUUGCCUCUGCUCCGGAUCACGAAGAGCAAGCCUCUCAAGACAAGCCUCUCAAGAGCCAGCCGAUCCGCGGCGGCAUCCCCGUCGAGGGGGACCCAGUGCGCUCUGCGCGCUCCCCGUCGCCGUUCUUCCGUGCGCGCAAAUCGCGUGAGGACCGCCGCGCCCGUGAGCGUGACCCGAGUCCGGAAGUCCAGGCUCUGCGCAAGGACUCCGCGACGUCUGCCGCCGAGUCGGACACGGAGAGCGCGGCCGACGACCGUGGACGCCGCCUGGGCUCGCGCAAAGCGCAGUUCCGCCCACAGGCUUCUGCGUACGAGUCGCCUGACGAGAGUGGAAAUGAGGCCGACUUUACGGACGACGGACCGAGUGACAUGGACGACGACACGGACUUUGAGGGCGACACGGAGGAGGGUGCGCUGGACGACGAUGUCGACUACUUUGACGAGGAGACGGAGCGGAACACGGAGGCGAAUGCUAUCUACGACGUUCCGGGUCUGCAAAGCGAAGACCGGGACCCGGACGAACCGCUGGACCCCAACGCCAACUUUGACGUGUACGGCGAGGAGAUUGAGCAGGACGUGCUUGGCGAGGGACCGAACGUUGUCAUUCCCCCCGAGCCCAUGUUCCCGACGCGCAACCAGCCCAAGAUUGUCAAGUCGCUCCGCAGCGGACUCGACGUCAUCACGUCGCGGCCAACGUUUGCCCGUGACCGAUGCACAAUCAGCAUCACGCAAGGCGACCCGGACGGUGCCCUUGAGCGCCUCGACAAGGGCAUGCGGCGGUACGUCGUGCUGUCCGAUCUGUCGGACGAGUCGCGGUACGCUGUCGAGUGGGCGAUCGGCACGGUGGCACGUGACGGCGACGAGGUUUUCCUUAUUAGUGUCAUGGAGGACGAGCACAAGGUGGACCCGAAGGUGUGGCGCGACCAGUCAGCCAAGAUGAAGGUGCAGAAGGAGCGCCAGACGCAGUGUCUCCUCCUCGUGCGCCAGGUCACGUCGCUCCUGCAGCGCACCCGCCUCAACAUCACCGUGACGUGCCAGGCCCUCCACGCCAAGAACGCGCGCUACAUGCUGCUCGACCUGAUCGACUUCCUCGAACCUACCCUCGUCAUUGUCGGUUCCCGCGGCCUGGGUCAGCUCAAGGGUAUCCUGCUGGGCAGCACGUCGCACUACCUCGUGCAAAAGUCCAGUGUGCCCGUCAUGGUCGCCCGCAGGCGCAUGUACCGCCCCCCGCGCCGCACGAACCCGGAGAAGCUGAGGCACUCGCCCCGCGUCUCCCUCGCCAGCGCCAACAUUGAGAAGACGGCGAGCACGAAGCAGGAGGACGACAUUGCCGACGCGGCCGACGACGUGGAAUCGGCCGUCGAGACGAAGUAG